AUGGAGGACACCCUUCACUAUGACGAUCAAAUUAUUCCAUUACUUCGUCGAAUGAUAAAUCUUAAAAAAUUGACAUUAUUCUUAUCAGUAUUAACACGUUACUGGACUUAUAUUGAUGGUAUUCAAUUACAUGAUCAAAUUCUUAUUUAUAUGUCACAAUUGAACAAAUUUACGUUCAGUAUAAACACAACUGUUGUUAACGAAGACAAAAACAUUAAAAUUGAUCUUCCGUCGAACGAAGAUAUUCAACGUAGCUUCAUUGGGAAAGGAUAUGGACAAGUUGGUUCAUAUGUCCAUUAUAGAAAAAAAUACAAUGUAGGCACGUCGCAUGUCUAUUCACUUCCAUAUCAAUUUGAAUAUUUUCUUGAUCUUAACAACUCUUUUCAAGGUGAUAUGUUUGAUACAGUCCAAUGCUUAACAAUGACUGAUGGACAUCCUUUUGAACAUAAUUUAUUCAAACUUAUCUCUCAAUGUUUUCCUUUUUUUGAAAGAGUUACGUGUUAUUAA